AGAAACAUUUACCAAGGGGCAACGAAAUUCAGUAAUUCAAAGAGCAAGCAGGCAUUAUGUUGCUCAUUUGGGUGCCACUGGUUCUGUUCACUUCGGGUGCCACAAGUCAGAUCCUUUAUCCGCCCCAGUAUACCAAGAAUCGCAUUGUGGGCGGGGAGGAAGCCGCCGAGGGGCUGGCUCCCUACCAGAUUUCCCUUCAGGGAAUCGGAAGUGGAGCUCAUUCCUGUGGCGGUGCUAUUAUAGAUGAGCGGUGGAUUAUAACGGCGGCUCACUGUACAAGAGGCAGACAGGCGACGGCAUUUCGAGUCCUAACAGGCACACAGGAUCUGCAUCAAAAUGGCACCAAGUAUUACUAUCCCGACAGGAUUGUGGAGCAUAGCAACUAUGCACCACGCAAGUAUCGCAACGAUAUAGCGCUACUGCAUCUGAAUGAAUCGAUUGUGUUUGACAAUGCCACCCAACCGGUGGAACUGGAUCACGAGGCCUUGGUUCCAGGAUCCCGUCUCCUUUUGACCGGCUGGGGAACUCUCUCCUUGGGCGGCGAUGUCCCAGCCCGUCUGCAGAGUCUGGAGGUCAACUAUGUGCCCUUCGAGCAGUGUCGCGCUGCCCACGACAAUAGCACUCGGGUGGACAUCGGCCACGUCUGCACCUUCAAUGACAAGGGACGCGGAGCUUGUCAUGGCGAUUCCGGUGGUCCUCUGGUGCACAAUGGCAAACUUGUGGCUCUGGUCAACUGGGGAAUGCCCUGUGCUAAAGGUUAUCCAGAUGCUCACGCUUCAAUUGCUUAUUAUCACGACUUUAUACGCACUCACCUAAGUCUGUCCAAAACGGACAGCUCUGAGGAUCUCCAGGAGGAGAUUGUUACUCCCCAGGAUUAG